AUGCAUAUUCUAGUUAUUACUUUCCUACUGAUUUUCAUCACUAGCAGUGAUUGUAAAAUAAUCCGUCAAGUUAUUGCAUUUGGUGAUUCUUUCUUCGAUACUGGCAAUGUUUUUAACUACAUUUUCAAUCGAACAAAUCCACCAUCACCUCCAUAUUUUAAGGGUACAUAUUCGAAUGGACCAAACUCUAUCACACGAGUUGUCACGAAAAUCAAAUAUCGAGAAGAACAUGUUGAAUUUAAAAAUUAUGCUUAUGGUGGUGCAACAACUGAUAAUCAAUUGAUACAAGGUUUUUCAAGCUAUAAAGACAUAACGCUAAAAGUUCCGGGUGCCUUACAGCAAAUAGAACUCUUUCAUCAAAAUAAAACUGGCAAACAAAUACCACAAAAACAAAGAUUAUAUUUCUUAUCAGCUGGUGGAAAUAAUUUCUUUUAUAAUAAUUCAAUCUCAUAUCAAGCUAUUACAGAAAGUUUGUUGAAAUGUGUUCAACUGCUUUUAUCUUAUGGUGCUCGACAUAUUUUUGUUUUGAAUUUUCCACCAUAUCAAGAUUCACCUAUUAUAACACGAAGUGGCAAUUUAUCAAUUCAACACUAUGUUGAAAAUUUUAUUAUUAAAGGUAAGCUUUAA